AUGGCCCCGCCCCGGGCGGGGGGAGGGAGACCUCGGAAUAGACCCUUUCUCCCGCCAUUUUUCGAUUGCACAAGAUUUUUUUCCGGGAACCGCAGAGCUAACCUCGUAUCCAGGCCCAGCCGACCAAGCCGAAGGCUAAUUAGUGCCUCGGGUGUGGGGGAGAGAGCCGGGCGGUUAAUGUGCUUGAGUCUUCUGGGGAGAAGGUGAUUAACAUGCUCUCUCACAAGAAGAGGCCGGCCGAAGUUCACUGCGAUCAGUGGGUGCUCGUUGCACCAGAAUCUGUUACUGAUCUUCCAGGAAAGACUGAAAAUGGACCUGUGUUUACAAGACUGCAUAACCCACGUACAGGGGAAGCAGCCCUUUACUUGUUCGAUACCAAUGCGCAACAGCUGUUUGAAGUAAAAGCUUUCCAUGAAGAGUUCCAUUCUUGGUUUAUAGGUCAGACAGUUCAACACGAUGGUCGCCUUUUACUUGUAACGCCAGUGGACCCUUUGUUUAUGGUUCUGUACUACCUUAUAAAGGCUGAGAAAGAGCAAGGGAAGUUUCAGCCACUGGAUCAGGUUGUGAUAGAUGCAGAGUUUCCUAGCUGUUCCAUGCUGCUGCAGUGUGCCAAGCUCAGACCAUUUCUUCACCAUGUCACAGAGGAAAAAGAAAUUGGAAAUAAGAAGUUUUAUAAGUACAGCAAAGAGAAAACAUUGAAGUGGCUGAAUAAAAAGGUGGGUCAGACUGUGAGAGCUUUAAAAAUUGGCAAUGUAAAUGUAGGUGCUCGAGUAUCAUCUGCCACGUUUGUCCCAGGUGACCAUGGCUCUGAUGUCAAAGAAGAGGAUUAUAUCUGUUAUGCUCAUGGCCUAAUAUCUGAAUAUAUACCUAAGGAAUUAAGUGCAGACUUGGCUAAAUACUUAAAGCUUCCAGAACUUUCUGCUUCAUUGCCUGAGCCUCCAUUAAAGAUGGCAGCACCACGAAGACAGAAGGAUAAGCAAAGGACUAAGUAGGAGGCCUGACUAUAUCCUUUGCUACUUCGACCACAACUUUGUCUUCUAUGCCUUCUAUAAAAUCAACACAUUGAACGGGGGAAGGGGGAGGAGAGGGGGGCUGGCUAUUUUAAAACUAACAAACUUAUCAGAGACUUCAUUCUGGAAUGUGAUUUUAGACUGUAUUCAGCACUUUGGGUCUAUUUUGGCUGUUUCUUUAUAGAAGAGUCAAUUCUACCAUGUGACUCUUUUCCCUAAAGCUAACAGGUUUUGCUGACAAAAUUCUCCCACAAAGCUUGAAAGCAUUUCAGGAGUGUCAACUGCGCGUUAUCCCUUCAUGUGCAAACACAGCUCAUCACAGAGGCAUUCAGGUACUACAAUCAAAAGGGAAAAUAGGCAGGUUGGAUUUCUAGACCCUUAUUUUGUCUUCUUAAAAAAAAAACACACCACACAGCUCCUUACGUCCAAGUUCAAAAUGCCAGCCUUGGAAAAAGCUCAUUGUAAAACUUGGGUUGUUUGAAUGCCUCCCUGCAAUAGCCCAUUUUGCAUUGUUUUCCCUGGGGUUAUGUCAGCCUCUCCAUGAUAUAUGCCUGUUUCCAGGUAUGUACAGUGCAUCUCUAAGUACUUGAUUCCAGGCUAAAAGCUGCGGUGAACUGAGUUUCAACUCAUAGUUUAAAAAAAAAAAUCAAAACCUCCAACACACCCCCAAACCAGAAAAAUCAACCCAAAAAAAUUUGACCCUUCUCUGCCCCAUAUCAAUUUGGCUGUUUCAAAUUUAUAAAGAUACCCAAACAUGUGCAUUUUAUAGUCUCUAAGAGCUAUAAACAUGGCUUCAUUUUUAA